UUUGAAUGAUGAUCGUUGAUCUGUCCUUUAAUGCCUCAACAGAGUUUAGUGGAAGUUUCAAGAUGAUUUGACUUUAAGCUUCUGCUUGUAGCUUUGCAGUGCAAGCAUCAGAACAUCAUGUUUAUAGAACAGGAGAAUGGCUGUGAGUUUAUUUGUGUGAACCUGAGAACCAGUAAUAAGAAAUGUUUAUUUCAUGCUUGCCACUGGGCAUUAAGUGACGCCUCUGAGCCAGAGGGAGACACAAGCUGACCCUCUGUGUGUCAGGGCAGAAACAGACCAAGUUGUGUCGCCACAUCAUGCUGCCGAACCGUGAAAUCAGAGGCAGGAGCCGGCAACAACACACAAUGUGAAACGCAUGAAUGUUGGAAAAGUUGCGCCGAGUGUGUGACGCUCUCAACAGAGGAAAUGAAAGAGAAUGCUGUUAAAACAGUCUGUUGACUGUGUGUCAGUGUCACACUGUGUUCCACCACACAGAGCUACUCAUUUAUUCUAAUCAUUUCAUUAGAUUUUAUAUAUAUAUAUAUAAAUGUUUGAGGCUGUAUUCAUUUUUAACUCAAGUUAACGUUUUACUGAAGAAAGUCACUUCCAAUGCUUUUGAAAAUCCUUGUUCGGUACGAGGCCGGCGUUUGUCUGAAUGGACGGUUUGUGUGUCUGGAUUGUUUUCCUCUCAUCCAGUUCAAGCACAGAUUGAAGAGCCCUACUUUAAUGAUCAUCUAUAAAACGGAACACUCAGUAAACAUGUUUUUGCAAAUCCAAAUAGAUCCCAAAGAAUACAAAGAUGAAUCAUGGCCAACAUGUAGCUCCAAUACAAACCCUAUGUCAUGUCAAGGCACUGCAGGAGACAAAUAGGUCCAAUUUAUUGCCACAUUGAAACCAAAAGUUCACAUAAAAUAGAAAAUGAAACACAUACAUCUUUUUUCUCACUACCUGAAGUUAAAUUAGACCAAAUGUCUGUUGUUUUUGGUCUAAUUGCCAAAGUCAUUUAUAUUUGCUAAAUGCCAGGAUAUUGAGCAAGAGAAAGUUAUUUGUUCAUAUCGUCAAAGUCAAAAAAUGUACAUACAGUAAACUUGAUCAAUAACUGGUAGAAUUGUUUCUACACUGAAUGAUUUGGGUCAAACCUUUUGUGUUUCCUUUCACAAUCUUGUCACCAUAGUGAGCUGGAGUUCUGGUCCAUUCAUAAAGACAUUAACAAAUAAAUCUCUGCUAUACAUUUUAUAGUACUAGCUGAGCUUUAGCAGGAGGCGUUUGGUCUGAUUUAACUUCAGACAGUGAAAUAAAAAGGUUGUGCCUUUUAAUCUGAUGUCCGUAUUCUGUCCAGUAGGGAGCAGUGAAUCCACCAAGGACUGGUUAAGAAGGGUGAUGUUAGUGGUUUUGGGGCAACUCUGUUUUCUGGAGAUGAAUAAAAAAAGUAACAGUUCCAGCACGUCUGAAGAGACAUAAAAAAACAAGUGUGUUGAUUUGAGUUCUCUGUGUAUUUAUUUUGAGUUUUCUGUGUCUCUGUGUUGUCCCGUCCUCCCCUGGAUUAUUCCCAGGUGUGUCUCGUUCCCUGAUUACCUCCUGUGUAUUUAAUGUCACCUGUGUCUCUGCGUCCUUGUCUUAGCAGUCGUCUUUCUUGGCGUCUCUUUUCCCCGUCGUCCAUGUGUCCAGUCUGUCCUUCGUUUACGCGGUGCUACUGGUGUCGAGCCCUGGCUUCCGCUCGGCCGUGCUGCCCGGUGUCUGGAUCUAUUGGACUGUUUAUUCUGGAUAUCUGCCAUUAAAAUCAUUUUAUUUUCACCUCAUCCUGGGUCUCCUGCAUUCGCCUCACCACCUCCACUCCACCGAUCGUGACAAUAAGUGAAUGUCUAAUAAAAGAAGCUAGAACACUUUAUAACAUAUAGACACAAUGGGUUUUAUUGAUAUACAGACUCUAAAUCAAUAUUAGAAAUGACUUGACUCGAUGGCUAUGUCAACAAAAUACCCAAUGAAAUAUGAAAGAUAACAGUUUGGCAGACAGAAAGUAUUGUUUAAUCUUCAAGACUCAAACAGUGAAUAAUCAACUAAUGGAUCUUAGUUGAUCCAUCUCAGAUCCUGUUUCAGGUGUUUCAGGUUUUUUAAUUCAUUCAAUACAUUCAUUUGAAGAUGAAAAUGCUGGUUAAGCUUAUCAGAUUGUGCAGUUAUUACAUUAAGGACCUCCUGAGCUUUCCUUGCCACCACUACAUCUGGUUAUUUUCACAGAGUGAGUGACAAAGCUCUCUGGUUUCCCAGAGCUCUUUGUUUAUUAACCGCUGCAUGUAAAGCACCAUCUGCUGGGACAUGGUUUAAAACAACAACAGGGUUUCAGUCAGAGUUUGAACAGUUAAUCUCUCUUGCCAUGUGUUUUGUCGUAUCAGGGUUUGAACACGAGGGAAGGAUGUGCUGUGUUAUUUAGAAAGUGUGUGUGUGUGUGUGUGUGUGUGUGUGUGUGUGUGUUUAACCGCUUUUGUUUAGUCAUGUCACUGUUCAGUCACAUCACCGUGUUGUUAAAUAUAUCAAAGGAUCACUGGACCAUUUGGGGAUUAAAGUUCAAUACUUAUAAUGCCUCCAAGUGUUUGGAUAACUGUUAUCUUCAUUUUAAACUAGACUGUGUGUUUGUCUAGAUGGCAGUAGCUGCAGUCAACGCUUUUAAUGUAUAUUUUUGAAGCAUUGCAUUGGAAAAGAUUGAUGUAAAUAGCAAAAUAUAAAAAAAAAUCUUUGUGAAUUUUGCCAAAACAGUUUUGCACUUCAGGUGUCUUUUUAUGUUUCCAAAAGGUGAGAUGGAAACACAUUUGCCUAGUAAGACCUAACUUGACAAACUUUUACAUCCACUGGUGGGUCUGUGCCGACCAGAGGCAUGACACCCAGAAAAACAUCAAAGUCCAAACAUCCAGCAAGGAGGGAAGGCCGGCGAGAGGCACUACAGGAUGAGAUGGGAGUGGGUUUUUUUGUUUAGUGGCUUUUCAAAAGUUAGCGUAAAAUUCGUAUGAGAAAUGGAUGGAAACAUAGAGAUCUGUGAUUCAACACCUUCAAGAUCUUAAAGAUAAAAAAUAUGUACAUUUUGUGGAAAAUUCUCAAAACAAACCACAGAAAUCUGAAAAUCCAAAGACACCAGCAACAACUGAACUACUGACAAAACAAGAGGGAACUAGGCUGUGGUUUAAUGUUUCACAAAAUAUCAAACCGUUGUAAUUUAAAAACAAAAUUAAACAAAAGUAUUCUAGUUAUCCAAUCACACUCUCACACAAAUAGACUGACCAAUAUGAUCUAAAUAGGCUUACGGUUGCUAGGUGACCAGACAUACACUGUGGUAUGGGCAGUAAUAUAUUUAAAGGCUAGAGUGUCCAAUUUCAUUCCCCUUUUUGGGUUAAAUAAAUCAAAGAGACGGUACGUACUGCUCUUAGAAUGCUGUCAAAUUCAGUCGAGAAAUUAACUACAUUCAGAUUUAAAAUCAUGCAGCCAAUUCCAUCUAUUAUAAGUCAUUACAACAUUAAGUCAGAAUCAGUAGAUUGUAAAGUAAAAGCCUGUUCUGAGAUAAACUCCUUUUUAAAAGGACGAAACAUUCAGCAGAGCCUGGACAGACAAUAGCAGCCGGACCUCGACUGGGUCAGGAUAGAGAGACAGUAGCAAACACAGAGGCCGGGUCAGGGUUGGCUGUCUAUCUGCUGUUGCCAGGACAGCCCUGAAACGCGGAGCGAGCUGAACUCUGCCUUCCCUCCACUGUGGCACUAUGGGAUCCUCCACUCUGGGCAAGGCGGCUUCUCUCGAUGCGCUGCUAGUUGAAUGCAUUCAAGCAUUCGAUGAUAACGGUGAUCUCCAUGCCAACCUACUCCCUCGUACCAUGCUGCUAAUGCAUCGCUGGUAUGUUACAUCCUCUGAGCUGGCAGGAAAACUACUAAUGAUGUACCGUGAUGGCAAAGAAGACGGCUGCAGGAUGACCAGGCUGAAGAUUUGCUAUUUCAUGAGGUUCUGGAUAGUGACCUUCCCUGCAGAGUUCAACCUGGACUUGGGACUGAUCCAGAUCACAGAGGAGUUCAGGGAGGCGGCUGCUCAGCUUGGUUGUGAGGAGCAUUUUAAACUCAUCGACAUCUCAGCCAUCCCAUCAUAUGAUUGGAUGCGGAAGUUGACCCAGAGGAAGAAACAAGCCAAGAAAGGGAAAGCAUCACUGCUGUUUGACCACUUGGAGCCUGUGGAGCUGGCCGAGCAUCUCACCUUCCUGGAGUUCAAGUCCAUCCGGAGGAUAUCGUUCACUGACUAUCAGAGCUACGUGAUCCAUGGUUGCCUUGUGGAAAAUCCAACUCUGGAGCGCUCCAUCGCUCUCUUCAACGGCAUCUCACAGUGGGUCCAGCUGAUGGUGCUCAGCAAACUCACACCACAGACCCGAGCAGAGGUCAUCGCCAAAUACAUCCACGUGGCUCAGAAACUGCUGCAUCUUCAGAACUUCAACACUCUGAUGGCGGUGGUGGGAGGCCUGAGCCACAGCUCGAUCUCUCGACUAAAAGAAACUCAUGCUUACCUGGCGCCAGAAGUUCUGAAGAUUUGGAGCGAGAUGACAGAGCUGGUCUCUUCCAACAACAACUACUCCAACUACAGAAAGGCCUUCAAUGAAUGCAGAGGGUUUAAGAUCCCCAUCCUGGGGGUUCACCUGAAGGAUCUGAUCGCGGUGCACGUCGUGUUUCCUGACUGGGUCGGUGACGGCACCAUGGUGAACCUGGUGAAAAUGCAUCAGCUGUACAUGACGUUCAAUGAGCUGGUGUCACUACAGAGUGUGGUAUCCCAAGUGGAGCCCAACAUGGACCUCAUUUACCUUCUGACGCUUUCUCUUGACCUUUAUUACACAGAAGAUGAGAUUUAUGAGCUGUCGUUGCUAAGGGAACCACGUAACCCAAAAUCGCAGCCUACAUCUCCAACUACUCCCAACAAACCUUUGGCCCCACUGGACUGGGCCUCUGGGGUUACCACCAAACCAGAUCCUUCUGUGGUCAGUAAGCACAUUCGCAAACUAGUAGAAUCUGUUUUCAGGAAUUAUGACCAUGACCAUGAUGGCUAUAUAUCACAAGAAGACUUUGAGAGUAUUGCAGCUAAUUUCCCAUUUCUGGACUCAUUCUGCGUUUUGGAUAAAGAUCAAGACGGAUUAAUCAGCAAGGAUGAGAUGGUCGCGUAUUUCCUCCGGGCCAACCCUCUGCUCCAGUGUAAGAUGGGACCAGGAUUCAUUCACAACUUUCAGGAGAUGAACUAUCUGAAGCCGACCUUCUGUGAACAUUGUGCUGGAUUCCUGUGGGGAAUCAUCAAACAGGGAUACAAGUGCAAAGACUGUGGUGUUAACUGUCAUAAACAAUGUCGGGAACUGCUGGUUCUGGCCUGCAGGAAACUGAUUCGCUCCGGCUCUGUAAGCAGCGGCUCUCCAGCCAGACUGACCCACAGCUCUCUGCCCAACAGCCCAACGCUGCCCACCUGCAAAGACGAGGACGAUGUGUUUGAGUUCCCAGCUGUGGCCCCGGCAGGUCCAGCUCCGGAUCCUCAGUCCAUCACCCUGAUGACCGGCUCGGCUCAAAGGAUAUCUGUGCGCCUGCAGAGGGCCACCACCAGCCAAGCCACACAGACCGAGCCCCUGUGGUCUGAUCUGGGCUGGGGGUCCGCAGACAGCGGCUCACACACGUUUCCUAAAAUGAAGUACAGGACUCCCAGAAAAGCGUCUAAAAGUCCAGGUGUUGCCAGCUGGGAAACCCACAGUAAUGGACAGCAGCACGGAGUUUCCACUCAGAACUAUCUGACUUGUCAGAACAAGCCCGGGGAUUGUGAGGGACGGAACGGAGAAACAAACACGAUGGAGCUGACUUGGCCACAGCAAUGAAGGACGGGAGCACAGGGCCUCCAGGACCUCCAGGACCACAGGGAGAAGGAGGUUCUUCUCACUGGGGAAGACCUUGGGAUGCUUCAAGUCCCCAUUCAGUGACCUGAAGUUAUCUCACCCUUUCUAGACCCUGGGUAGGCAUAUGGCCGCUACCAAGGAGAAACUCAGUGGAUCGUGGAUACCUGAUGGGAAUCAAAUCCUCAGACUACAGAAAGCUUUAAAGGCUCCUGAAAAAGACGACACAUGAGGAUUUACAAGUGAAAUGGAAGCUAAAGAAGAGUGCUUCGGACACAGCUCGGGGGAUCAGUCUUUCUUUAAUUAAAACUCAAAGGUUUGGACAGAAAACACCCUAAAUGAAAUGUCAAAGUUUCCUCUUGAAGAGGCUGAUGUCUCUGGGCACAUAUGUACAUAAUGUGUUUAUAUCGUGGAGCAAAUAAAGGGAAAUCAUUAUUCUUGUUAAUAGCAACGUUGUUCUGCAGAUGGUUUUGAAGUUUGGUUCAUUCUGUUCAGUUCAUUCCAGAGCAACUCAGUUCACUCAGAUUCAGAGUUAAGGUUACAAACAGUUCAGUUGUGCAACAGUCCAGUCCUAUUUCCUCUGGAUCAAUGGAAAUGUAACUAGUUGCAAAGGAUUCAAAGGAAAUCAACAACCUGUAUUUUAUCCUAUCCUGGUAAAAACCAGCUUGUUUCAGUGUGUCUGGGCUCUCAGCUACUGAAAACGAUUGUUUCCUGGAGGCCUGGACUGGGUUGAAGUUUAAAAACUUUCCCAAUCACAACAUAACAACCGUUUGAUGUUAUGAAGCUUACCUGCAUUGUA